AACCAGCCCAAUCAUACACAAAUAACCCAACACACAUUUGUUCUUCUUAUUCUUCCUUUACUCCUUUUCUCUCCAGAACAUUCCCAGAUAUUUGCUUUCCUUUGCACUCCCAUGGAGAACGAUUCCCAGCUAGCUAGAGCUAGCGGCCGCGCCGAGCUAUGUUCUUGAACUGUAUUAAUUUCCUUUUAUUCUUGGUUGCAUUUUCCCAUCCAGACCAGGACUCCUAUAUAUAGUUCUAGCUAGCAUCGAUCUCUUUCUCGAUCCUUCUACGUACGUACGUCGAGAGAGUUAUACAUCAAUGGAGGAGGUGAAGGGGAAUAAGGGGAAGGGUGUGAGGAGGAGCAGGGCGAAGAGCACCGGCGGCAUGACGGCGGCGGCGGAGAGGAAGGAGAUCGAGAGAGAGAGAAGGCAGCACAUGAAGGGCCUCUGCCUCAAGCUCGCAUCCCUCAUCCCAAAAGAAAACUACUCCUCCACGGAUACAAUGACCCAGCUGGACAGCCUUGACGAAGCAGCCUCGUACAUCAAGAAGCUUAAGGACAGAGUGGACGAGCUGCAGCAGAAGAAGAGCUCUGCACAGGCCAUUGCUAGCUUAAGAUCAGGAGUAGGCCAAUCCUCAAAGAUGGGCGUGUUUUCAGAGUUAGAAGUAGAGAAAGCCGGGGAGAGGUUAUCGGCUUCAGUUCCGGUGGUGCAGGUACGGCACCAUGAUGAUUCGAGCAUGGAUGUGGUGUUGCUAUGUAGUGCGAAGAGGCCGAUAAAGUUCCACGAGGUGAUCACCAUCCUUGAGGAAGAAGGCGCUGAGGUUGUCAAUGCUAACUACUCUAUCAGUGGCGACAAAGUCUUCUACACCAUACACUGCAGGGCCUUCAGCUCAAGAAUUGGCAUAGAGGUUUCAAGGGUUUCCGAAAGACUGAGCAUUCUUAUGAAGUUUGUGAACUGAAGUAUAUAAUACGAGAGUGUACAACUCACAAAAUAUAAUAAAAUUCUCGAAUUGGCAUGUC